AUGCGAAGUGUCGCACCUGUUGUUCUGUAUUAAAGAUUUACUAUGGUUACAUCUCUGGUUUGUUAUUGUAUUGAUUCGCAGCCGACAGACGUUCUGGCUGUGUAUUGAUCUGUGUGUACAAACAUUGUUUUGUCCACUGACAAGCAGUCGGUGUAUUUACUGGUAGAUUGUGUGUACCUGCGUUGUUUUCCGUGAUCGUUUUCUGUAAUCACGAUGCCGAAAGUAAAGGAGAGAAAGUUAUGUAAUAAACAGGAUACACCGCUGUUGACAACAGACAAAACGAAAAAUGGAAAAAAGGAAAUGGAAAGGCAGAUUGAAAAUAAAAAAAAUAAAUUACAUUCAUUUGAGGAGCCUAAUAAUAAAAGAGGAUCAGAGAUUCAGAGACCAGAGGGACUAUGCAGCAUACAGGAAAUGACUGUGGAACUGAAAGAGAGAACAAAAGAAGAUGAGUUGAUGCGUUCGUCACGGAAGGAAACCUCAUCCACAAAAAUUAGAAAAACAUCAAAACUUAAAAAAGAGGUUGAUGAACUUAUAGAAAAAGAAAUACAAAAAUGCUGUCUUACAGGAAUUUCAAUAAUCGAGCAAAGUCUGGCAGAACUAAAUGAUGCUAUUGCCAAAAUGGGAGAUUACAAAAAACAAUCCUCGAAAAAUGUGAUCCAAAGAAAUCAAAAACUUAUCACUCUCACCAAGGACGGGAACUGGACUAUUUCUUUACUGUGGUGAAAGAAGACUGUUGCUGCUUAAUAUGCAAUACAUCUGUGGCCAUACUAAAAAAAGGAAAUUUAGAGCAACAUUUGAACACAAUUCAUAGUAAAUAUCAGACAGACUCUUCACACCUGCCAGGUUAGCCGAGGGACUCGGGUAGACGUGCCUUCCCCAUUUAGAUUGACGACCAGGGCCGGUGUGCCAGCCAGCCUGGAUGUGGUUUUUAGGCGGUUUUCCACAUCACACUAGGUGAAUACUGGACUGGUACCCAUGUUUCGCCUCAGUUUCAUGACUCGCAGAUAUUUGAUAAUGUUUGUACUAUUUCAUGACUUACACUAGACGCAGACAGCUGGGGUACACUACUUCCAUCCCGGGAGUAUGUGGUGGCGACAGGAAGGGCAUCUGGCCAUCCUCUGACACUAACAUUGCCAAAUCCAUAGUAACAGGGCCCACCCCACAUUGAAGUGGGACAAAGGCCCAAGAAAAUGAUGAUGAUGAUCAGACAGACUCUUCACAUAGCAGCAAAAUAAAGAAGAGUAAAUUGCAAGCAUUGGAAUCGCCAUUAUCAGUCGAAGAAAAUAUGUUUUUUAGGCAUAUUGAGCAAUGUAAGUCUGCAACUGAAGCUUCUUUCCAAGUUAGUAACA